UUGCAAUUGUAUGAUAAAAAUUAAGGUGUGUACUAUUUUGUACUUGUAUAGAUCAUUUUUUAUUUUAAUUUCUUCCUUAACAAUAAAACUUCUUGGUCUGUAUUUAUCCUCAGUAUUAAACUAAUAAUUAAACAAUUAACAUAAUGGUGGACACUGGAUGCUUCUUUAAUAUUGAUGGAGGAUACUUAGAAGGUUUAUGCCGUGGUUUCAAAUGUGGCAUAUUGAAACAUGCUGAUUAUCUUAAUCUUGAGCAAUGCGAGACUUUGGAUGAUUUAAAAUUGCACUUACAAUCAACUGAUUAUGGUCAAUUCUUAGCUAAUGAACCCAGUCCAUUGGCUGUAUCUGUAAUUGAUGAUAAAUUACGAGAAAAACUUGUUAUAGAAUUUCAACAUAUGAGAAAUCAUGCUGUAGAACCCCUCAGUACAUUUCUAGAUUAUAUCACUUACAGUUAUAUGAUUGAUAAUAUUAUACUUCUUAUAACUGGUACUUUACAUCAGCGUCCAAUUACAGAACUUAUUCCAAAAUGUCAUCCUUUGGGUAGCUUUGAACAAAUGGAAGCUAUUCAUGUAGCUGGUAACCCAGCUGAACUUUAUAAUGCUGUUCUUGUAGAUACUCCAUUGGCUCCAUUCUUUGUUGAUUGUAUAAGUGAACAGGAUCUUGAUGAAAUGAAUAUUGAAAUUAUUCGUAAUACAUUGUACAAGGCUUACUUAGAAUCUUUUUAUGACUUUUGCAAGAAGUUAGGAGGAAUAACUGCUGAUACUAUGUGUGAAAUAUUAUCUUUUGAAGCAGAUAGAAGAGCUAUUAAUAUAACUAUAAAUUCUUUUGGUACAGAGUUAACAAAAGAUGAUCGAGCCAAAUUAUACCCGAGAUGUGGUAAACUUAACCCAGAUGGUCUAGCAGCUUUAGCUAGAGCUGAUGAUUAUGAUCAAGUGAAAGCUGUUGCUGAAUAUUUUGCCGAAUAUAGUGCUUUGUUUGAUGGAGCUGGUACUAAUCCUGGAGAGAAAACUCUUGAAGAUCGUUUCUUUGAGUAUGAAGUUAAACUAAACGUCAAUGCAUUCAUGCGUCAAUUCCAUUAUGGUGUAUUUUACUCAUACUUGAAAUUAAAAGAACAAGAAUGUCGAAAUGUUGUAUGGAUAUCUGAAUGCGUUUCUCAAAAACAUCGUGCCCGUAUGGACAAUUAUAUUCCAAUUUUCAAGUAAAAUAUUAUAAAUUGUCACAAAUUUUUUCUUUUUACUACCAUAAAUUAUAUUUUUUAUGGUAAUAUUAGAUUUUUUGACUAGAUAAUUUAGAAAAAAAAAAUCAUUGUUUUCAUCAUUCCAUUAAUGUUAGUAAGGCAGAAGAUUGUUAAUAGCUUUUAUUUUAAUUAUACUUGUUUUUGUUUUAUUUCCUUGAAUUUCAAAAAGUUUAAUUUUAUAAAACUCAUUAAAACAAAAUACAUAUAUUAUUUAUUUAAA